AUGGCAAGUAGUGUUGGACUAGCCAUCUUAAUUAAAGGUACUGAUGGUGAUCAGGGAGAUAAAUUUGUCUAUUGUAUUUAUAAAGGAAAACUUCGGCAACAAAGACAACCAGGUGGUUUUAGUGAUAUUGGAGGAUUUUCAGGUGAAGGAGGCUUUGGUGGAAAAAUUAAAUUUUCAAUCGAUAAUAAAGAAGAAGAAACAAAUGGAACAGAUGGAAAUGGUUUUAAGAUGGUCAAAACGAGGAUGGUUGCUACGUAUAUUGUAGCAAAAUAUUUAACACUUGUUGGUAAACCAUUUAAUCCCGAAACAUUCCAUUCAGAUAUAAUUUUAAUAUGA